UCCCCGCUCCAAUACACCUUCCCCGCGCCCCUCACCUUCUCAAUCCCCGCCGACAGCUUCUUCGCGUCCAGCGGGUAGAAAUGGUCCGAGUAGAUGUCCACCUCCGGAAUAUCAAGAUGCGUAGUGUUGACACCGUACGUGCCAUCGAGGACUAGCUUGUGCGGGCCGAGACUCUUGGUGUACUUCGCGAUCUCCUGAACCCACGCGCGAACGUUCAUGUCGCCCCAGACGUUGCCAUAUAGCUCGUUGCCCGUCUCAUAGGCGAGGAUGGUGAGGUCUUGUGCGUAGGUGAGCCCGGUGUAGGGGUUCUUGUGUGUCAUGUGGAUGCGGAUGUAGUUCUUGAAGUCGUUGAUGAUCUGGCGGUUCGUGAAUAACUCGCCGACGAGGGGGGAAGCAUCGCUUUGCGUGAUGUUGAUGCCACGCCAGCGGAGGAAAUUGAAUCGGCCUCCGUGGUAGUAGUCCUGAAGUGCUGUUAGUAGGGUGUAAGGAAGAUAUUUUACGUACAAAAGCGUUAGUGAGAGGGAUAAUGAUUCUAAACCCGUGCUGCCUCGCCUGGAAAACGGCCCAGUCAACCGUCGCGAAGGCCUCCUCAUUCACCACCCCGAGAGUCGGCAUGAUGCUCAGCGGGUUCCCCAUGCUGACCCCCAACGUCUGGCUCCGGAUGGUCUUCGCCCCGAUCGUCACCAGCGUGUUCAUAACCUCCGUGAUGCGGCCGAGGGUCGGGUAACUCGCCUUGAACGGCUCGUAAAACGGCUCUCCAUCAGGCGGGAUCACGUUCUCGUCAAGGCCGAGCCAAUAAACAUUUGCACCCCCGCCAAUGUAACGUUCGCCGUUGAGCAGCAGCUGAGAGCCUUUACGCCUGACAUACGAGUUGCGCGCGAUGUUGGCGAGAGUCGGCUGCGCGAAGGUCGCGAGAAUCUCGGGCGUCAGGGGCGCGCCGAGUUUGGGGAAAGGCGAAGUGAUGAUCGGCUUAAAGGGGGCGAAAGUGCCGGUUCCUCAGGAGGAGAGGGAAGGCGUCCAGCUGUUGCCUCCGGGCAGAGCAGCCGCGGCGGAGACAAGCCAGGAGUGAGAGCUUCGAGAUGGACAUGAUGGCCAGUGAUGCCAUCGCGACUCAAUGGGAUGGAGAGAAUGACGGCGACGGGCCUUAACAACAGUACUUAUACUAACAGGGCUGCAAUCUCUCAAAUAAAAACAUACCUUUCCCCGCACAGUUCCAACAUAACGAGGACAUAAUAAUUCGGGGUCGUCCCUAUCCCCCAGUCCCGCUAAGGCUUCCCAAUGGCUAAAUUUCGUUCCUGUGCCUGUACGACCUGAAAAGUAAUAGCAGAUGCGUUAAAAAGGAAGCCAUAUACACCCAUGUCUCCGUCCCACCAGUCUCACCGGAGACACCUCCUGCGACAAAAAAUGGGCUUCAAAAGUUUGUGGCGCCGACGAUCAUUUUGGGGUACCACGGGAGGUGAAGAAGGAGGUCAGUGCAUCGAGGCUCGGGAGUUGGCGUUCCAGUGUUCCAGAAGAAUCCCCGAGGAAGCGACGAGCCGGUAAUCGGGAGAACCCCGUACUAAAGUUGCACCCCGCCAAACCCUCCCGAGGCGACUCCAAUCUCAAUUACCAAGCUCAACAACACUCCAAAAUACCCUCCCACCAGCCAAGAUGUUCACCGGCAUCGUUGAAAUCCUUGGAAUUGUCUCCUCCCUCAACCUCUCCGAUGCAUCCGGCGGCACCACGCUCGUAAUCUCCAACGCCGCCCCCAUCCUCAUCGACUGCCACGAGGGCGACUCCAUAAGCGUCAACGGCACCUGCCUCACUGUAACCUCCUUCACCGACUCCACCUUCACCGUCGGCGUCGCGCCCGAAACCCUGCGCCGCACGAACCUCGGCUCCCUCGCCCAGGGCGACUCCGUCAACCUCGAGCGUGCCGUCUCGUCGCACACACGCAUGGGCGGACAUUUCGUGCAGGGACAUGUCGACACUGUUGCGGCUAUUGAUGCGAAGACCCCGGAUGGAGAGGCCGUGACGUUCAGGCUGCGACCGAGGGACAAGGAGGUGAUGAAGUAUAUUGUUGAGAAGGGGUUUGUGGCGCUGGAUGGGGCGAGCUUGACGAUCACGAAGGUGGAUGACGUGGAGGGCUGGUUUGAGGUCAUGCUCAUUGAGUAUACACAGGAGCGAGUGGUGACGGUGGCGAAGCCGGUGGGUGGGGAUGUGAAUGUGGAGGUUGAUAUGAUGGGGAAGUACGCGGCGAAGAGUGUGGAGGGUUACUUUGAGGGAGGGGGUGUGCCGGAGGCGUUGCAAAAGUUGAUUGAGAAGAUUGUAGAGGAUAAGUUGGCGGCUUUGCAGGCAAAGUAGAGGAAUGCUCACUUGGCACCUUCCGAUGGUGGUCCUGUUGCAGAAGCCACAAAUCGCAAAUUCACAAUCGCGCUCAUCACCAAGCUUACGGGGACCCUUCUCGUCCUCGAUAGUAUCAAACUAAGCCUUGGUCAGCUUUGGUCAAGAGUGGAACUACAUCAGCUGAA